AGGAAGCGGUGAAGAGGCAGAGCGGAAGCGGAAUUGCGUGUAUGGACGCCCGCCCCCAGUUUGCCUGCUGCGCUUCUGCGCACGCGCGGCCCCCGGUCUCGAGCGGCUCUCGCGCCGGCCUCGCGCUCGCGUUGGUUCGGCCUCCGUCGCCUCCCGCGGGCAGCCAUGGCUGGGAUCCUGUUCGAGGAUAUUUUCGACGUGAAGGAUAUCGAUCCCGAGGGCAAAAAGUUCGACCGAGUGUCCCGGUUGCACUGUGAGAGUGAAUCCUUCAAGAUGGACCUCAUCUUAGACGUUAACAUCCAGAUCUAUCCAGUGGACUUGGGUGACAAGUUCCGGUUGGUGAUAGCUAGCACCUUAUAUGAAGAUGGGACCCUGGACGAUGGGGAGUAUAACCCCACAGACGACCGGCCUUCCAGGGCCGACCAGUUUGAGUACGUGAUGUAUGGAAAGGUGUACAGAAUUGAGGGGGACGAGACCUCCACAGAAGCGGCCACUCGCCUCUCCGCAUAUGUGUCUUACGGGGGCCUGCUCAUGAGACUCCAGGGAGAUGCCAACAACUUGCACGGCUUUGAAGUGGACUCUCGUGUGUACCUCCUGAUGAAGAAGCUGGCUUUCUGAGCCACGCGGGAGCUCGUGCUGUCCCCUCCUCCCUAUCUGGUGGGGCCCGGCCGAGGCUUUGGUCUUCCUGAGUGUGGCUCCAGGGGGAGCAGGAGGGGUGAAGAAGGGCCUCGUUCUCUGGGAGAAAGGUUCUUCCUUCACUUAAUGGACUUGGGGAUCACUUGUGGUUUGUCCGAACUCAGUGGAAAACUGACCUUCUUUGGAUCCCCACAGGAGGAGCUCAGGUUGAGCUUUCAGAUACUUUGUGUGCUGGUUCAAUUAAACUGUGAUUUUUUGUA